CAACGUACUAAGUAAAGUUUAUUAUGCAUCCCAACUAAACCUCCAAAAUCACUCAGUAAACAGCCUUGCACGGAAGUUCUACUGAUUGCGACGAGCACGUUUUGCCAAGUCAUCGUGGACAGGCAAUUUGAUAAUGUCGGAGCAAGAUCAACCACUUCAACGGGAAGAGCCCACCCGUCACAAUGAUGAAUCUCCCUCCGGGCUUAACGCUGGACAGUCGGGUCGACCGAAGAGCCUUCGCCCUUUCAUUCUUUCCAUCAUGGCCUUCAAGCAUGGUCGAAAGUUCUCUAAGACCACGUCGGCACAUCUUGAACGGCGGUUAAGUAGUGCUGCCGAAACGGAAGGCCAGUUCGGCCCGGCUCUCACGAGGCUAUACCUUGGCAUAUCGGCUGUUUUCUCGAAUGAUCAAACUGCACUUAUUGCUCUAGCCAUCAACGAUGGUAUCUACCUUACCGACUUCUCCGUCAAGCAUCUUGACCUCAGCGACAACCAAGGAUUCGGUCGGGAUGCCAUUGCAGACUAUGUACUGGAGGAGGUUAAGGAUUAUCAGCAUGAGAAAUUUGCCAAGUUCAUCGGAGCCGGUCUACCAGCCACGCUUGCGCGUGUAAGUAAAACACUAUGCUCUCGCUUGUGGCUAGAUCUAGAUAUCGUUCCAAUUGUAGUACUUGAUGAGAGAGAGGAUGAGGAUGAAGACGUUAGGAAGAGAGAGAAGGACUUCUGGGAUCUGAAACGUGUUGACGAACAGGCUGACUCAAUGGUUCGAAAAUGCGUCAUGUACUUCGGACCUUCUCAGGCUCCUCUGCUUCAAGUUGGCUUCCGCGGUUUGGUCCAGACUGAUGUUGGAUUUCGUGCAUAUUUAACGACUAUUCAGAACUACAAGGACACAUGUGGCGCCUCCACCUGGGAGACUAUGAUGACCUAUGCAGAGAAGCUACGUCGCGAUAAGACUCGUAUCGCAUUUUUCAGCUCUACUCCACAAGGUGGCGGCGUAGCUCUCAUGCGUCAUGCGCUAGUACGAUUUGCACGUCGAAUAGAGGUCGACCUAUCUUGGUACGUUCCCAAACCGCUCCCUACUGCCCUCAGAAUUACCAAGAAUAUCCACAACAUCCUCCAGGGAGUAAGUCCUCCCAGCCAACGCAUCACCGCGGAGGAAAAGAAGGCCGUCAUCCACUGGAUUACCGAAAAUGCAUAUCGAUACUGGCUUUCAGAAUCUGGCCCACUACGCCCAGCGGAGGAAGGUGGUGCUCAUAUCAUAAUUAUUGAUGACCCGCAAAUGCCGGGUUUAAUUCCUCUCAUCAAAAGGUUUACUCCGGAUCGACCAGUUCUAUAUCGCUCUCACAUCCAAAUCAGGAGUGACCUAAUUGCCAAAGACAGCUCGGCCCAGGCUGAUGUUUGGAAAUUCCUGUGGAGCAACAUACAACUGGCGGAUAUGUAUAUCAGCCACCCAAUUCCUGCAUUUGUUCCUCAUACAGUCCCCAGAGCAAAGGUAGCUUAUAUGCCAGCUACUACGGAUUGGCUUGAUGGUUUAAAUAAGCCUUUGAGAGAUUGGGAUGUUGGAUACUAUGGAAACAUGUACAAUGCCAGCUGCCACGCACAAAAGAUGACCGAGCUGCACUGGCCGGCUCGCAAAUACAUCAUUCAAAUUGCCCGGUUCGACCCCUCAAAGGGUAUUCCAACGGCGAUAGAUUCAUACGCCGGAUUUCGCCGCCAAUGCAAAGUGGCCGAUAUUGAGGAUCCUCCGCAGCUUGUCCUUUGCGGUAACCAGUCUGUUGAUGAUCCUGACGCAAGUAUUGUCUACGACCAGACACUAGAUCAGAUAAUGUCGUUAUGCCCAGAGCUUAUGAAGGAUAUCAGUGUGAUGUGCCUGGUACCAAAUGAUCAGUUACUCAACACACUUAUUUCCAAAGCCCAUGUUGUCCUUCAACUCUCAACUAGUGAGGGAUUUGAGGUAAAGGUUUCAGAAGCAUUGCAUGCUGGACGGCCAGUCGUUGCGACAAAGACUGGCGGUCUUCCUCUUCAGAUCAAGGAUUCUGUUAACGGAUUUCUUGUUGAGUCCGGAGAUUGGAAGGCUGUUGCUUCCCACCUCAUGGAUCUGUUCACUAAUAAUGCUCUGUAUGAGAGGAUGAGUUAUGCUGCUAGAACGGGCGUGUCUGACGAAGUUGGCACAGUCAGUAAUGCGUUGUGUUGGUUCUACCUAGCUUCCAAGUGGAGAGAUAUUGGUACCGAAGAAUCCGGCAAGGCCGUUCUCCAACCAAAUGAGAGAUGGGUUUAUGAUAUGGCGAGAGACGAGGCAAAUUGCCCAUACUCCGCUGACGAGGAACAACUACCACGUUGUUCCUUCGAGCAUAAGAAGAUCAACUGAGAAGGAUCCAGCUAACUUAGCUAGAACUCUGUAAUCAACUACAGAAACUUUGGAGAUGUCUUGAAUUUGAACACGGUGGAGCCUAUGAAAGCUCCCAGGAGAAUACUCCAAACACCUGGAGCUGCCAUACUCUAGAUAGGUCCAAUAUAAUUCAAC